UUGAUGGAGAGAGAGAGGGAGAGAGAGAGAGAGAGAGAGAUGAUGGAAAGGAAAUGAAAUGAUGAACAUGGUUAGGAGGUCAUCAUCAAGCCCUAUCUGAUCAUAUCAUCAUCUUCUUCUAUUUCUGAUCGAUCGAGGAGAUAUAUAUAUAUAUAUAUAUAUAUAUAUAUAUAUUUUUUUUUUUUUUUGGAUCUCUCUUUCUUUCUUCCUAGGUUGUUCUUUCAUGGCUUACUUUGUUGGCUUAUUAGGAGAAGUCUCCUAAAAAGCAAAAGGACCUCCACACUUCUCCCUCCUCCCCCUCCUCCUCCUUCCUCUCCUCCUCCACCAUCCAUUAUAAACCUCCACCACUUCUCUUCAACAACUUAAUCUGGAUCUUGAUGGAAUAGUAAUUGCAGAGAAAAAAAGAGGGUAUCUUUCACCCAAAAAAAACCAGUAAAAGCAGAGAGAGAAAGAGCAAGAAAGGAGAAGAAAAGUUCGUAGCUUUUGUUUUCAUGGCAGGAGAACUGCUGAGUAGUGAAGCUAACAAGUCAAGGAACAACAUGGCUUCUUCCUCAGUUGGUGGAUUCUGCUACUCUUAUGAUGUCUCAUCCAGCAAUCCUACAACCACCCACUUCACCACCAAUCAGAUCCAAGACUUUGGGUCAAACCCUGCUGAGAUCUUCAACCUCACCACUGGCAUGGAGAUGAUAGGGUUCCCCAAGCAGCAAAAUGACACUUCUAACCCUUCAGCUUCAUCCAUCUGGAAUAAAGCUCGCUUCUUUGGUAAACAACAACAACAGCAACCUGAUUUCACAACUGGGGUUUCAGAAACCAGCACUGAUCAUCAUCAUCAGAACAAUCUAUUGGUGGGAGGACCUCCACAUCAUCAUCAUCAACAAUCCAAUGGUUGGCAAGAGAAUAAUAAUAAUAAUAACAGGUUUCCGGUGGAUGAUUCUUCUUUGAGGUGUGUUUUUCCAUGCGAAGGAAAUGAGAGGCCAAGUCAAGGCCUUUCACUCUCUCUCAGCUCAAACAAUCCUUCCUCUAUUGGGUUGCAGUCCUUUGAACUCAAACAGACCAGUCAUCAUCAGCCACCUCAGCAUCAAGACCAUCAGGAUGAUGGUGAGGACGAUCACAUGAGGUUUAUGCAAGAUGGGUUUUUGGGAAAAGCUGCUUAUCAUGCUUCUGCUUCUGGGGCAAGCAGUCUUCAACAUGAAGGACUGUUCCAGCUGAGGAACUCAAAGUACUUGGGCCCUGCCCAGCAGCUUCUCAAUGAGUUCUGCAGCCUUGGAACAACAAAGCCAACGACUGCUGAUACACAAAAGCAAAAGCCCCAUAAAAACAAACAGUGGGGUGAACAAGAGGACAAUGGUAGUACUAGCUCUUCAAGAAACAAGCAACAAUCCAACAUUUGCUCCCUUGAAUUUGUGGAGUUGCAGAAGCGAAAAACCAGACUGCUUUCAAUGCUUGAAGAGGUGGAGAGGAGGUACAAGCACUACUGCGAUCAAAUGAAGGCGGUGGUGGCGUCGUUUGAGGCUGUGGCAGGAGCUGGGGCUGCCACCGUGUACUCCGCCUUAGCGGCGAAGGCCAUGUCGAGGCAUUUCAGGAGCUUGAAAGAUGGGAUUGUGAGUCAAAUUCAGGCCACAAGAAAGGCCAUGGGAGAGAAGGACCCGGUGGCGCCUGGCACGACGAGAGGGGAGACUCCGAGGCUUCGGAUUCUCGAUCAAACACUUCGACAGCAGAGAGCAUUUCAGCAGAUGAACAUGAUGGAAAGCCAUCCAUGGAGACCCCAACGUGGCCUCCCUGAGAGAUCAGUCUCCGUUCUACGAGCUUGGCUCUUUGAACACUUUCUUCAUCCGUACCCGAGCGAUGUCGAUAAACAUAUCUUAGCCCGCCAAACGGGUCUCUCAAGAAGCCAGGUCUCCAAUUGGUUCAUUAACGCAAGAGUUAGGCUUUGGAAGCCAAUGGUCGAAGAAAUGUACAUGGAAGAAACAAAGGAACGUGAAAACAACAUGAACAUUAGCAACAUGACCUCCUCAGAUGGUAUUGCAACCGAUCCCAGCCCGCAUCAGUCCCGGCCCGAAGAUGAAAAGCCAACUCACGAUCAACUCGUCCGAAUGGACUCCGAGUGCCUCUCCUCCAUCAUCACCUACCCGGAGAAGAAUCAUGACUCUAGAGGCAGCAAGAAUACCAUCUCAAGUCACAACAUGCACCCGCAUCAAAAUUUUGGGAGGGUAAAUGAGUCAUUCGGGACAAUGGAGCUGGAUUUUUCGUCGUAUAAUCAUCAUCAACAACACUCUGGAGGGACGGUUUCUUAUGCUAAUGAUCAUCAUCACCCCUCAAAUCAGGGUUUCAAUGCCGGUGGCGGUGUGUCGUUGACAUUAGGGUUGCAGCAGCACGGCGGAAAUGGGGUGAGCUUAGCAUUCUCUCCUGCCUCACAGAACUCUCUAUUUUACCCUAGAGAUCACAUUGAAGAAUGCCAACCGGUUCAGUACUCGCUAUUAGAUGGGGAAGGUGAGAAUAAUUUGCCUUACAGAAAUUUGAUGGGGGCACAGCUGCUACAUGACUUGGCAGGAUAGAAGACAACAACAACAACAUUUCUCAAUCGGGUAGUGCAAGGGGUUCACUAGUGGGGUUUUAAUUUGAUUUUGUGCCACAGGGAUGGUGAUGAAUUGGUGAUUAUUGGUAAUAGAUAAUUAAGUAGUUUAAUUAGGUAAUAAUAGAUGAAUAUAUAUAGCUACAUACUUCAUGCAUACAUAAAAGGCUAUACUGGGUUAGACAACAAUUAUAUGGUGCUCAUCGUCUUCAUGGCUGGCCGGUAUAGCUUUUCUCGGCCCUCUGUUUUUUUAGAAAAAAAUUGGAAGGACAUGUUCAUUAUUGUUAGGCUAAUUUGGAAUUGCCAGUGAUUUGGCUCAAAGGUUAUACGAUAUAUUGUUUUCUUUUUGUUA